AUGGAGAAUAACACUGUUGUGCAACUACGCAAAAUCGCAAAGGAUAACGGCCUCCACGGCUACGCAAACCUUCGAAAAGAUGAGCUUAUCAAACGCAUCAAGCUUAUUCAGUCGAAACCAAAAAGCCCUGCCCUGCCCAUAAUUACACAAAAGAAGGCAAAGGGAGGCCCUAGGAGCCUAGCUCCUAGCAGUAGCGCUCCUACCACAAUUACAGAAUUCCGUGAGAUAAACAAAGGCCUUCGCAGAAGCGACUAUGAGAAGCGGUUACACGAGUUUAUGCAGCCAAGAAGAAGUGCACUGUUGAGAAAAAGGGCACUGUUGAGAACAAAGAGAGAAGAGAGCAAGAGCUCUCUGAAGAGAGCGAGAGCUUCUCGUUUCAAAGCUGUUGAGAAGAUGUCUUCUCUGAAACAGUUUGCAAAGAUGUAUACGAUCGAUGGGGGGCCAAUACUUUUUGGGCCGAGAGAUUAUCUUGAGGUUGUAAAGCCCACCGUUAUGAACCUUUUGAAUACACAAAAAAAUAUCAAGAUAAAGUUCAUUUUUAGGUGUGAAAUGAUAAGGAAAAAUAGUGAUGGUGAGAUUCAGCACACAACUGCAUAUCUUUCAACUUCACAAAAGAUCGUCUUUCAAGAGACUGAUCGAGAAGAACUUUAUGAAGAAUGUGUAGAGAAAAUGAUAAAGAGUUUGGAAAAGUUUGAAAGAAAUGGGAGUGGGUGGAAAUUUCAUCGUGUUGAGGGUCUGGAUUUGCAUAUGGUGAAAUACACCCCUCUGAAAGGUUCUUCUUACAUUAAGCUGCCAAAGCAUCUUGCAGAUAAGAAGGCUAUAAUAAACAUGGAGAACGAGGAUGAUGAAUGUUUCAAGUGGUGUGUCACGAGAGCUUUCAAUCCUGUUCAAAGUCAUCCUAGUCGUAUCACAAAGAUUUUGAGAAAACAGGCAGAAAAACUCGUGUGGGAUGAGAUUAAGUUUCCAAUGGAGGUGAAGAGCAUUCACCGCUUUGAAAAGUUGAAUCCAGAGAUCGGUGUCAACGUAUACAUGUAUGAAAACGGGCUUAAUCCCUUGAGAGUGAGCAGCAAAGGCUCGAGUAGAACUAUAAUUGAUCUUCUUCUCAUUGAAGAUGGUGACAAAAGGCAUUAUUGUCUCAUCAAAAAUUUGAGUCGACUCGUAUCGAGUGAGUUGUCAAAGAAGAAGGCGAAGAAGUAUAUAUGUAGGAGGUGUCUUAAUUAUUUCGGUUCUCAGCGACUUCUUGACACACACAGUGAGUUGUGUCAAGAUCAUGAGGCUGUGAGAGAGAAGAUGCCAAAAGCGGAUACUCUCCUCUCUUUCAAAAACCAUCACAAGAAGAUGGACAUGCCGUUUGUCAUCUAUGCUGAUUUUGAGUCAAUCAUUAAACUAUUGCACUCAGCUCAACCUAAUCCUGAAGAGUGUUACACAGAAAAGAAGUCUCAACAUAUUCCGGUAAGUUUUUGUUACUACAUCGUGUGUUCAUUUGACGAUAGAUACUCAAAACGGGUUGAAUACACAGCAAAGUCUGAGAAUGAAGAUGUGGCACAAAAGUUCGUUGAAUCGCUUGAAGCGGAGGUUAAGUCUAUUUACGAAGAUCAUCCUCCUAAAAAGAUGAUCUUCACAGACAGUGAUGCUGUCGAAUUUGAAAAUGCAACAUGUUGUUGGUUAUGUGGAGAAGAUUUUGAAGAGGGGAAAGACAAAGUUCGCGAUCACUGCCAUUACACCGGUAAAUUUCGAGGGGCUGCGCAUAACAGCUGCAACCUAAAAUUCCAACGGCCAAAAUUCAUACCUGUUGUGUUGCACAACUUGGCAAACUAUGACGCUCAUCUCUUCGUUAGAAAUCUUGGUGUUUCAGAGGGUGAGAUUGAUUGCAUACCAAACAACGAAGAGAAAUACAUUAGCUUCACAAAGCACGUUGUGGUUGACAAGUUUUUUAAGGAAGACAACAAACUCGUCGAGGAAAAGAGAGAGUUGAGGUUCAUUGACAGCUUUAAAUUCAUAGCUUCCGGUCUUGACAAGCUUGUUGCGAACCUCGCCAAAAAGGGUAAGCCUUUCUUCCAAAACACAAGAAAAUAUUAUUCCGGAGAGAAGCUUAAUCUGUUGAUGAGAAAGGGUGUUUAUCCUUAUGAAUGGAUGGACUCUAUACACAAGCUUGAUGAGCCACAACUUCCGCCGAAAGAAGCUUUCUUCUCUGUGUUAAGUGGUAAAGGUAUCUCAGAUGAAGACUAUACCCAUGCUCAAAAUGUAUGGAAAGUCUUUGGAUGUAAGACAUUCCGAGAUUACCACAAUCUCUACAAUCAAAGCGACGUUCUUUUACUAGCCGAUGUGUUUGAAAACUUUCGAAAACUUUGCAAAAAGAACUACCAUCUCGAUCCUUGUUGGUACUUCACCGCACCGGGUUUGGCUUGGGAUGCCUGUCUUAAGUUGACUAAGGUAGAACUUGAGUUGUUGAGCGAUAUAAAUAUGUUGCACAUGUUUGAGGCCGGUAUUCGCGGUGGUAUUUCAAUGAUUUCGACAAGGCAUGCAAAAGCCAACAACAAAUACAUGGAGGAAAGCUUUGACCCCUCCCAACUUUUAAAGUUCAUCAUUUAUCUCGAUGCAAACAACCUUUACGGUUGGGCGAUGAGUAAGCGUCUGCCGACGGGAGGGUUUGAAUGGGUAGAUGAGAAAGACUUUGAAAAAUGGAAGAAUUUCCCCUGCAUUCUCGAAGUCGACCUAAAAGGUGUCAAAGAAGAGCUUCACGAUCACUUCAACGACUACCCACCCGCCCCUGAGAAUCUAUUGAUUGGGAAAGUGCAUAAGCUGACCUGCACGUUGAAUGAAAAGAAGAAGUACAUCAUUCAUCAUAAGACAUUGAAGCAUUACAUGAGUCUUGGAAUCGAGAUCGGAAAGAUCCAUCGCGUCAUCAGGUUCAAUGAGAGACCUUGGAUGAAGAAGUAUAUUGCUCUCAACACAAAAUUGAGAGCAAAAGCAAAGAAUGACUUUGAGAAGGACUUCUACAAGCUCAUGAACAACGCUGUCUUUGGCAAAACCAUGGAGAACAUUCGAAAACGCGUUGACGUGAGACUUGUCACCUCAGAUGAGAAGGCAAAGAAGCUGACAAAUAAGGUUAACUUCAAACACUGCGCCAUCUUCUCCGAGAAUCUCAGCGCGAUACAUAUGGGGAAGACGCAAAUUCUCUUCAAUAAGCCUCUCUAUCUCGGGAUGAGCAUCCUCGAUAUUAGUAAGACAUUGAUGUAUGACUUCCACUACAACUACAUCAAACCUAAGUACCCAGAGGGUAGAUCAAAGCUUCUUUUCACAGACACUGAUAGUCUUUGUUAUGAGAUUCAGACUGAAGAUUUUUACAAAGAUAUAAUCGAUGAUGUAGACCGUUUGUUUGACACGAGCAACAUUUCAGAGGGGCACUCUUCUGGGAUACCGACCGGUGUGAACAAGAAGGUGAUUGGAAUGUUUAAGGAUGAGGCAGGUGGAAAGAUCAUUGAGGAGUUUGUUGGUCUGAGGGCUAAACUGUACAGCUAUAGAAUGUUUGAUGAUGGAGAAGAAGUGAAGAAGUGUAAGGGAAUGAAGGAAGGAGUGGUAGAUCGCACCAUCAACUUCGAUGACUACAAAAAAUGUUUGUUUAGUGGUGUAAAACAACUUCGAAAAAUGAACACACUUCGAAACCGAAAGCAUGAGAUGUACAUGGAAGAGAUCAAUAAGGUCGCGCUAUCCGCUGAUGAUGACAAGCGAAUCGUUUUACCAGACCAAAUACACACAUACGCGAUAGGGCACCGAUUAUCCAGUCAGUGA